CAGCAAAUGCUGUCUGUUGGUAGGGGGCUCUGAACUGAUUCCGUGUUUCUCGAAAGAAAAAUCGAAAGAAAAUUUAUUUGUGCUCCGCAAAACCAACAAAAUCAGCAAGAUCAAUUGGCAAUAAACGGUUCCAUGUUCCAUGAGUGCAACGGAUGUGAUCACUUAAGGUGCCGAUCAAUCAGCCAAAAACAUCUUAAAUCGUGAAGGCUUGCUCCGGCCGUUCGUCACGACCGUAAAAGUGUCUGCGUGUGUGCCACGAUUACGGUGAAUCACCCUCGAUCUCUUCACGGAGGACCGUUCCAGAUUUUCUUCGCUUUUCCGGAUACAGAGCAACCCCCGGAGACGAGCAAUGACAAUGGGCGACGAAUCGCCCGUCGUUACCUCGCUGGUGUUGCCGAUUCUGAUACGACCGAUUUUGUCCCAGCUGGAACGACGUGAUGUUGUUGCAUCGCAGACACUGCGAGCUGCCCUAACCAAAGCGGAACAGAGUCACCCUGGCUUAACGUACGAUCUUGUGAUGGGCAUCAUCAAGAAGGGCGACAUCAACGUGAACAUGAACGAAAGCAUCCUACGGCUGCAGGGUGCCGCUACCGAUACGGAUUUAAUUGAAUAUCGCCUAAAUCGCACGGAAGAUGCAUUCCAGGAGCUAAAUAAAAAAUCAGCCGCACUGAAACGAAUCCUGAGCCGGAUUCCGGACGAGAUUGCUGAUCGCAAAACAUUCCUCGAGACUAUAAAAGAAAUAGCUAGUGCCAUCAAAAAGCUGUUAGAUGCAGUGAACGAGGUAGUGGGCUUCAUACCAGGUUCCUCCGGCAAACAGGCGGUCGAGCAGCGUAAGAAAGAGUUUGUCAAGUAUUCCAAGAAAUUCAGCACCACGCUAAAGGAAUACUUCAAGGAAGGAGAAGCGAAUGCGGUUUUCGUUAGUGCCCUGUACCUGAUACACCAAACGAACCAGAUUAUGAUCACGGUGAAGAAUAAAUGCGAAUAGAGUUCCACCGAGGGUGGCUUCUCCGGGCAGCCAACUACUAAGGAUGCAGUACGAUAGUUCCCAUCGACGCUGUUGGUUGGAAACGUAAAUUCACGAGUAUUUAAAGCUAGAGAUUUUGUUGUUUGAUUCCAAUUAUUUUGAGAAAAACUGUAAUAAGAGGAUCAUUUCUUUUGUUUUUUUUUCACCAUUCCAUGCUUCUCCGCCAUGCGAAUUAUAAUAAAAAUGAUCACCUCGUAUUAUGCUCGGUGCACUUGUUGCAACACGAUACUUUAAUAAAGAAAAGUGAAAGAGGGA